AUGGCGUCUUCCCGAGGGUCAUCAGUAACACAAAUGGUCUGGAGUGGGGAUGGUGACAACUACUCCCCGGUGAAGACUUACUUCUACACUUCCCCUUCCAUCGCAGAACUGAGCAGUCCCUUUAUGCCCACACAAUCUUCAAAUGAAUCUCAUUCAUACAUUGGAAGUCCAACCCUCAGAAUGAUGGUAUUUGGAGAUGGGACCUUUGGGAGGAAGUCAGCCAUCUACAAACCAGGAAGAGGGUCUUUGCCAGACACAGAUUCUGCCAGCACCUUGGGUUUGGACUUCCCAGCUUCUAAAAGUCGCGGCCAGAGGGAGGAGAGAAGCGGGGCUCGCCGCGAGCCUUCGAGAGCAGCGGUCGCGGAGGAGGCGACAGCGGCAGGCAGCAGCGGCAGCGACACAGGCUCGGGGACAGCCGGGAGCACAUCCCCGGGCGUCCUGCGCUGCGGAGAGCUUGGAGGGCCGCGGGAGCCGCCACACAGGAGUGGACAAAGCAAGAUGGCAGGGAUCUUAGCCUGGUUCUGGAACGAGAGGUUUUGGCUCCCGCACAAUGUCACCUGGGCAGACCUGAAGAACACCGAGGAAGCCACCUUCCCGCAGGCUGAGGACCUGUAUCUCGCUUUCCCCCUGGCCUUCUGCAUCUUCAUGGUGCGGCUUAUCUUCGAGAGAUUUGUAGCCAAACCAUGUGCCAUAGCCCUCAACAUCCAGGCCAAUGGACCACAAAUUGCUCAGCCAAAUGCCAUCCUGGAGAAGGUCUUCACUGCAAUUACAAAGCAUCCUGAUGAGAAAAGAUUGGAAGGCCUUUCCAAGCAACUGGACUGGGAUGUGAGAAGCAUUCAACGCUGGUUUCGACAAAGGCGCAACCAGGAGAAGCCCAGUACCCUGACGAGAUUCUGUGAGAGCAU